AGUGCAUAUAUUAAUACGGGAACAAAAUUAAAUUUAGAGGGAAAUAAUUUACAAAGAAAUAAUGAACUUUGCAAUUGUACAUAGAAAAAAAAGGAAUAGCUUUAGGUAAGACUGUUAAAAGCAUUAGCAUGGAAGGUUCCUUUAAAAAAAAAAAAAAAGAAAGCCACUAUAUUUGUAAUGAUUUCAAAUAAAAAAAAAGACAAGCGCGUCAGUCAGAGCAGGUCAUUGUGUUCGUUAUGCACGUCAUGGGUUAAUCUUCUAGAUAUUUGAUUCCAACAAAAGCCCUUCAGUUAUCCAGUGACCUCCACUGUAAACCACAUGCAUUGUUGCUUGCUCAGGAUUCUUCACAAUAGACGCUAACCAUUUUUUUGUUCUGGUUCUGUAUAAAUUCAUGUGCUAAAGGUUGCAGAGUAUCAAUCCUGCUCCGACUACAAACUCAUCGACAUGGCCAGGAUUAUCUUCUACGAGGACAGGAACUUCACGGGCCGCUCCUAUGAGUGCAGCAGCGACUGUUCGGACAUGUCCUCCUACCUGAGCCGCUGCCACUCGUGCAGGGUGGAGAGCGGCUGCUGGAUGGUGUACGAUCGCCCCGAUUUCAUGGGAAACCAGUAUUUCCUCAGGAGGGGCGAGUAUGCCGACUACAUGAGCAUGUGGGGCUGGGGCAACAACUGGAUCAGGUCCUGCCGCAUGAUCCCUAUGUACAGGGGCUCGUACAGAAUGAGGAUGUACGAGAGGGAGAACUUCAUGGGGCAGAUGAUGGAGGUGACCGAUGACUGCGACUCCAUCACGGAUCGCUACCACUGGUCUAGCGGAUGCCACUCGUGCCACGUCACGGAGGGCCACUGGCUUAUGUACGAGCAUCCUCACUUCCGAGGCAGGAUGUGGUACUUCAGGCCCGGAGAGUACCGCAGUUUCAGGGAGAUGAUGGGAAUGACUGGCAUGAGGUUCAUGAGCAUGAGGCGCAUCGUGGAUUCUUGGUAUUAAACCAAUGGAAUCGUGCAA